AAACCUGUAGUACAGACUUCUCUGUGAAUUAUCCGGACGAUUUUCUGGGAUCCUUUUCGCUCAAACUAAAAAAUUUUUGCUUUUAAAACGAUGAAAUCAGCGGUUCUAUUUUGGUUCCUUUGUGGAAUAUGGGCCAUUAUGCUGUUUUGCUCCGUCAAAGCCGAGGAACGGUCAGUAGAUAAAAGAUAUAUUGCUGCAUUAGCUAAAAACAAUCGUCUCCCAAAGUUUAGUUAUGUUCAUAAAAAAAGUGAAGAAUCAGAUGAUGAACCCUCUAUGGAACAAACACAGUUAUUCCUGAACCAAAUAGUUGAACCUGAUAAUAUGUAUCACGAGAAAAACUGGGACGUUUCAUCAUUUCUUGAACCUUCUCAAAAUGGUUUCUUAGAAUCUUCUCCUCUAUCGGAAUUGAACUUUCUAGCUGACCAAGCUGUGGAGAAAAGAAAUGUUGCCGCUUUAGCCAGACUCGGAAGAUUAAAUACAAUUCGUUACGGUCGUUUUCAACCUCACUACGUAAAUGGAAAGCGGCUUAGCAAUGAGGACGAUAAUGAGGAAGCUAACCAAGAAAUCACUGAUAAUGAAAUUGAUGGAAAUGAUAUUGAUUGCCUACCUGAUGACGAUGAGGAAACCCUUAGCGAAAUAACUGCUGAAGUAAAUGGAAGACAAAAGAAACGAUAUGUAGCUGCAUUGGCAAGGUCUGGUAGGCUGCCAAUUUGGCACUCUCAAAGAAUGUGGAGUGGUAAACGAGACGAUGCAUACCCUUCGUAUAAGAGCAAUUCAAGGAUGGAUAUUGAAAAUAAUCUCGAUAACUUUAUAGGUGAAGUGCCUGACUAUAUUAAGAAACUUAAGAGAUGCAAAAAGAUUAAUCAAUAUAAAAGAGAAAAACGAAACGUUGAUAAAAUGAAGGAGUUAGAAGAUAUCCCUAUUGAAAAUAUAAAUCUUUCCGGUUUGAAUAAUCCUGAAGAGAAACGUAAUUUGGCUGCAUUAGCUCGAAAUGGUAAAUUGCCUUCUAGAUAUUUUGGAGAUGGUAAACGCAGUGAUGAAAAAGACACGUCAGAAGACUUUUCCGGAGAAAAGCGAAAUAUAGCCUCAUUAGUUCGUAAUGGUAAACUGUUCAACAGCAGAGUAGAGGGAAAAAGAAAUCUCGCAGCUUUAGCUCGAAACGGGAAAUUGCCACAGUUUGGUUAUGAAGGUAAAAGGAACAUUGCAGCUUUAGCCCGAAAUGGUAAACUCUUUGCAAGCAGUAACAUGGAUGGGAAGCGAAACGUCGCCUCUUUAGCGCGAAAUGGGAAGCUACCAUCAUUUAGUGAAAAUAAAGGAAAACGAAAUUUAGCUGCUUUAGCUAGAAACGGUAAAUUGCCCACAUUUUACGACAAUGAAGGAAAACGGAAUUUGGCUGCCCUCGCAAGAAAUGGGAAACUUCCAUCGUUCUAUAGUGGAAACGGAAAACGAAAUAUACAAGCUUUAGCACGAAACAAUAAGCUACCGGCAUUUGAAAACGAAAAACGUGACUCGAUGGAAUCAGAUGAUAAAAGAAAUUUGGCAGCUUUAGCAAAGAAUGGAAGAUUACCAUCAUUCGCUCAUAUAGAUGAUAAACGAAAUAUGGCAGCUCUUGCCAAAAAUGGAAGACUACCAACGUUUCACAAUGUUGAUGACAAACGAAAUAUUGCAACCUUAGCACGAGAUGGAAAGCUACCAGCAUUUGCUUUGGAAGAUAAACGAAAUUUAGCUGCAUUAGCUCGAAAUGGUAAACUACCAAUGUUUGAUUCGAGAGAAGACAAACGGAAUAUAGCAGCUUUAGCGAAAAAUGGGAAACUUCCAACCUUUUAUUCGCCUGAAGAAAAGAGAAAUAUUGCUGCUUUAGCGAAAAAUGGGAAACUUCCUUCAUUUUAUUCAUCUGGAGAGAAGCGAGAUAUUGCAGCUUAUGCACAAAAUGGUAAAUUACCUGCUUUCAACAGUAUUGAAGAAAAACGUGAAAUUAUACCUGUCUCUGGAAUUUAUAACGAAGAAGAUAAACGUAACAUAGCUGCUCUUGCUCGUAAGGGUCAUUUAAUGCAAUUAAAUGACCAAGGAAAAAAACGCAACAUAGCAGCUUUAGCAAGGAAUGGUAAAUUAUAUGGGUAUAAUAAAAGAGAUGUUUAUACCACAAAUUCUUUGAAUCCAUUAGAAAAAUGGGAUGAUAUGAUCUUUCAAGAUGAUAUUGAAAUGUAACUUAAUAUGAGCAAGGAGCUGCUGAUAAAAAAUACUAUUACGUAAGGGAGGUAGUUUAGCAUCAUCAAAGAAAAAAAUGAUGAAUACCAAUACAUGUCAAAGAGGACUGCUUUUAAUAAUAUUUUUAAUUCAUUUAUCAACUUAUACUUUUAAUUUUAAAAAUUAGCAUUUUAAAACCUUUCUGUGGUUUUAGACAUUUUAAAAGGAAUGAAUAAUCCAUUAAUUAGUUCUAUCAGAAUUUAAAACUGAUUUAAUUAUAUUUUUAAAUGUACGUAAAAAAUGUCAUUUUAUUUGAUUUGUUUGUCAACAAUUAAAGAAAAUGUGCUAUUGUUGUAUAUUUUCCUUGUACUUUCAUAUAGUUAGCUCAACAUUGAAUCAAUUAUGUGUUAAUUAUUAAACUGAUGUAAUGCAUUAA